AUGUAUCUCGUGCGCCUCGCGACGGGAGUGGCCGCUGCCACGAUGGUAGUCACGGCUGUGGCUGAUUCGCAGAGCACCACGAGCACGACGGCAUUGACCUUCGUUUAUAAUAAUCCGUCUCAACAUAUGCUUGGCGCAAGCAUUGUGACGGCCAAUUCUUCAGAAACAAUCGCAUAUGUGAACUGCAAGUCAAAUUAUACAUCGGAAUGCAGUUCCCAGGGCUGGGCCUUGCCACUCACUGUAGAAUUCGGUGGAUCUACGCGAGACGUGACCUCGGAUAUUACCAGCUACUAUGGCAAGACGCUUUUUCUCAUUUAUGGCUCUGAACUGUGCACUUUCCACAGUAGCUCGUCAUCACUGCAUUGCACCAGAAGCUACAACUCUUUAGUUACCACUGGCGCUUUAUCCACUAGCACCUCGUCUAGCGGAGCGUACUGGUACGCGGGCUUCACAUUUGCUACUAUCGACGUCACCGCAGGACUAGAAAAUAUUGCCCAUGCGGCUACUACCACCUCGGAUGCAUCACCCGCCAGCACUGCGACAACAACAUCCGCACCGAAAACAACUACUGCGACUGCCACAGAUGGCUCAGCCUCCUCAUCCUCAUCCUCUUCUUCCUCCUUCAAAGCCUGGAUUGCAGGUGCAGUCAUCGGCGCAGUAGUGGGGAUAUCCUUCAUUAUAGCACUGGCAUAUUGGCAACUUCGUCGCAAGCGGAAAGGCGCUGCAGAUGCACAAGGCCUUGAUACCGCUCGGGGUAGAAAUGGAGUUGUGAGCGAACUCUUUCAAGAACAUGCCCGAGAAAUGGACGGCUCUGGGGGAUUGACAGAGUUGCAUGGUGAUAUAAAACCUACAGAGCAUGCCCAAGAAAUGGACGGUCGUGGGAGAGCUACAGAGUUGCAUGGUGACUUUGAACCUACGGAGCUUACCCCAGAUACUGCCAGGGUGGAGUUUCCCGUGGACCAGCCCGUCGACCAUACAAAGCUUGAUGAGAAGGACGAAAACAUAGUGGAACAAAGCACAAUAUCCGAGCUGCCAUAA